GCUUGUGCUGCUUGUGCUGCUUGUGCUGUGUUGUCGAGCGUGGUACGUCAUAUCGACACGCGUCGAGAUAAACACGACGCGCACUGACGUCGCAACCGCAAACUUACUGACAAUAUCCUUUAUAUUUUUGCACUUUCAGAGAAGCAAGAACUUGACGCAAGCUUCAGCAGCGACAGCCACAACUCCUCCACCCGCAUCCUCUCCAACGACGCGCGCGUCUGCGCGCAGAAACGGCAGGGUGUCGCAUGACGAUGAAGGUGCGAGGCCAUACAGCAACAGCGGCAAUCAAAACAGCAACAACGAUUCAGAAGUGAUUGGUGCCUCCGACUCUGGCCAGCAGCAGGAUAUGUCUGGGAUUGACAAAGCCGCGCGGGAGCAAUCGCUCUCGUCGCCGUUAUCCUCGCCUCCGACUUCCAUGAAUCUCGGCGACGGUUUAUCGAGCUCGAGUCCGUUGCCUGACCGGCAGGGAAGAGCUGGGAGCGGGGAGAACGAAGGAAUCCAGAAUAUUCAAGCGGAGCUGGUUUGCGAGAUAUGCAAUGAUCGAAGGCGAAGUAAAAACUAUCAGCUUUGCACCGAGUGCAAUGUCUCAAGAGUUCAUGUCGACUGCCUGAAACGUACAUUGUCGUCUUCGACAACCGACUGGACAUGUUCGAGUUGCCAGCCUCUAGCUCUUCGCGAAGUACCCAGGACCCGAUCUCUACGCUCUUUACACCCUGACUCUACGCGUCAAACCACCGCUGAUGUCUCAACAAAUAUCUUCGAGAAUCCCGAAGCCGUCGUGUCUGCAGAGCAGAACGUCGUAUCGGAGGAUCAACUUUCCAACGCGGAAGUUGAUGACGACGCUAUAGAAAAUACUCUGCCCGCGCCAAUGAUUGACCCCGCUCUCCUGGGCUCAGACGCAGGCUUCGAGCCCGCCCAACUCAACCCAACCACCUUCGACACGCCACCAGGAGACCAAGCGAGCGAAUUCGCAGAUCUGCCUCAGGACAACUCGUUCCUAGGUCCGGCGGAUUACAGUCAACUGUAUACGCAACCUAUAGAGGCCGCGCCUGUGCCUAAUCGGUCGCUGCGCACGCGGAUUCCAACAGCACUUGUGACACCAGAGGUUGAGGAGAUAAUUCUGCAGUCUGCACGGGCAACGCGGUCGGCCUCACGGCCUGCUGAAACAAUGCCUGCAACUCUCCAACCAACCCCGGCGUCAGCGCGUCCGAGCACAUAUCCCAUCUCUGCAGAUACGCCCAAACGCGGUCGAGGCCGGCCUCGCAUCUACCCAAUCGAUCUGCCGCGUUCACAACGACAGCAACAACCUGAAAAACGCCAACGUACUCACGAACCUUCUGCAGAGCGGGACUCUGCUUCUGCUUCUGAAAGUACGCGGCUUACCGUGAGUUUACGCGUGCGCGCGCCCUCGCACCCGCCACCACCACCACCACCACCAUCAGCGCCUGCGCACGAGAGUGUUCAGCCGAUACAUUUGCGUCUGACUACGACGCACCCAUUCCGGUCCGGGAAAUCUCACGGCUCAAAACUGGUGGCAUUCGAAAAGACCCAGUACUCGUAUAUCGCAAAGUUCAAUCUCGUGCAACUUGCCAAUCACAUCAACAUCUACGAGAACAACCUCGCCAUUUCGGGGUACAUGUCCUUUGAUCAAAAAGAGCGGAACGUCUACCUUUAUAGAAAAUCCGCUGCCAGCGCGUCCGGUAGCGGAAGACGAGCAUUCAUGACAGACAACAGCAAGAUUGAGAAGCCGUACGGUGGAAUCCUAACGCCGAGCCAGGCCGACACGACGCGCACGCUGCCGGGACCGCUGGAUAGGAUGAUGUUUGGCAAGACGAUGUUGCUGACGAAGCAAAAGGAAAAGAUCGAACGGCGGCAUGCGAGAUCGGCGAGUGCGGCAUCAAAAAGGAAGGAGCAGAAAACUUCCAAUAGAGAAUCUCGCGAACGGCGGAAACGGCGUGCUGAGCCUGAGACCCAUCUCGACGAGAAGAUUGUAGGCAGCAGUCACAAGAUUGAGGAUUUGGAGUCGGAUGACGAUGCAAACUACAUCUACAAUAUAUCCUCGUCUGCAACCUCCUCGGCCGAGUCCGAACUGGAAUCAGACGAGGAAGAAGCCUUCAGCGAUUCAGAAUCAGAAGCCGAUGACCACGGACGCCUGCAGUCGAUUUCGAAAAUCCGGGCAAUCAGAUUCAGCAAUUACGAGAUUGAGACGUGGUAUACGGCGCCUUAUCCGGAAGAGUAUAACCGUCGUUCUCUGCUGUUUAUCUGCGAGUAUUGUCUAAAGUACAUGUCCUCGGAGUACGUCAAUUGGCGACAUCAGCUGAAAUGUCCUGCGCGGCAUCCACCUGGAGACGAAAUCUAUCGGUCGGGAGACGUCUCGAUCUUUGAAGUCGACGGGCGCAAAAAUCCAAUGUACUGCCAGAACCUCUGUCUGCUUGCCAAGCUCUUUCUCGGCUCCAAGACCCUGUACUACGACGUCGAGCCUUUUCUGUUUUACAUCAUGACCGAGACCGACGACCGCGGCUGUCAUUUCGUCGGCUACUUUUCAAAGGAGAAACUGACGACAUCAAACUAUAACGUAUCAUGCAUUCUCACUUUACCAAUCUACCAGCGCAAGGGCUACGGAAACUUCCUGAUCUCGUUCUCGUACCUUCUCACGCGGACAGAGGGGAAGGUAGGUACCCCCGAAAAGCCGUUGUCGGACCUCGGUCUUCUUUCCUACCGUAACUACUGGAAACAGACAAUGUGCUACCAACUCCACGAGAUCUUCGAAUCCGGCUCUGACAGCGGCACAAACACAAUCAGCAUCGCAAAGCUCUCCGAACGCACAGGCAUGACAUCCGACGACGUCGUCUGCGGUCUCGAAGCUCUAAACGCGAUCGUACGCGAUCCGCGAACAGGGCGCUACGCGAUCCGCGUCGACCGCGCGCUCGUCGAGCUCGCGAUUGCAAAGUGGGAAGCGAAGGGAUACAUCAGGCUCGAGCCGGAUAAGCUUAUUUGGACGCCGCUGGUGAUUGGUCGCGCGGGAGGGAUAAAUUCGUUGAGCUAUAGUACGGCGGCGUGGCAGGUUGGGACGGCGGCUGGAAGCUCGACUGCGAGGAGCGUGUAUGUGCCAACACCUGCUGAGCCGGUUGCUGAGGGUAGUGCGGAGGACCAAGAAGCUGCUGAAGAGGAGGAUGAGCAGCAGGUUGACACAACUCUGGAUGUGAACGAAGAGACUACAGAAGAAGCACAGCAAGAAGCGCCGGACGCGCCCGAAGACUCUGCUCAGAUCACAUCCGCUGUCUCAGAGACUGAAGCCCCCGUCCAAGAAAUUGAAGAACAGCCGUCGAUCCCGCCUUCGCGGUACACUAUCGUACCCCCUCAGUCUCUGGCCGGAGUACCUCGGUCACGUCUCUGGACUCUGGACCACAGAGUCGAGUACGCGCGCGAGCAGCGCAAGCGCCGCCGUCUGGAAACCGAAGGAGUCGCCGAAGAGCUCGAACGGCGGCAAGCCAGAGCUGCGCCAGAGACACCUCGCGUCCAACGGACGUUGCGCGCGCGACAGUCGCCUCAGACUGUUGUGGCUCACGAAUCUACAAGAGCGACGAGGAGCGCCGGGGUCGUACCUGACACCGAACUUGCGACGACGCCACAUCGACAAAUGCGAAGAAGACUUUGAGCUUGCUACUCUCCGCAUUCUCGUUAGCUUCCCGUCCUCUCUCCUUUCUUCUUUUUUCGGAUUU